CGCAUGUGACCGCACCCAAUUUUAGAAAUAUGAGCAAACUGCCCUGCGACAUCCUUGGAGAAAGCACCUUCGGAAGCGCAAUGUAUUAUGUGAAGAUUGCGAUAGCCGCAUUUUGCAUUGUUGUGGUUUGUGGAAACAAGUGUCCGAACUGCAGUUCUUCGGAAUGCGGCCCCAACGAAGAGAGAGUGAAAGGUCAUCCCCGCCGGGACAGGUUCUGCAGGCCACACGUGACGCCUCGCGACGUACUCACGAGACGGCGCAGUUGCGUCUGCAAGCGGGGUUACGUCCGCAACUCCUGGGAAGAGUGCGUCGGCGUGAGACAGUGCACCAGGUGCAAGUGCCGACCGCAGAAGGACUGGAACCUCUGUGCGUCGGGCUGCCCCCCGCGCUGCAACGAGCCCAUUGCCCAAAUGUGCCGCACGAAGUGCAGUCCCGGGUGUGACUGCCCUCCCGGUUGGGUGGUAGACUCAAGGGACAAGACAAGGUGCGUCAAGGUCCAAAGAUGUUCGCCACAGUGUCCUCCUCACUCGAAAUACCAGCAGUGCUCGUCCACCUGCGCGCCCAGCUGCGUCAGAAGUGCGGCCAACAAAAAUUGUGUCACCCGCUGCUACACUGGCAGCUGCGUGUGCCACGAGGGCUACUACGAGUUAUUGCGAAACGGCGAGAAAGCCUGCGUGACAAAAGAGGAGUGCUCCCGGUUCAUGAGACCGGCGACGACGAUAGCCGGAAGAAACGAAAUCGAGUAUAUAGGCGGCGGAGCCCGUGCACCUGUCGUCCUGUUCCCCGCCGGUAAAUCUGAAAUCUCCGGGCACACAUCUAGCGGUACAAGUAAAACGACCGGUCAUCAAAAAACAGCUGGUGGUACGGGAUGCCAUUUGCCAACGAUUCAUCUGAGAUUGCGUCAAGGUAGCGCGGGACACCGCUUGGAACUUGUAAGGAUAGGGCAAGAAGGUACAACUGCAACUGGCACAACGGCCAGUGAACCUCCUGCUGUUUCGACUGCAACUCAGGGCGCACCUUCAGUGAAUACCGCAGGGCACGGCUCAGAGGUUGUUGCAAGACGUCGAGAGAGUGUAGCUACAAUGAUCUCUAGGCCGCCAUCCUUACCCAGUAUAUUAAGAUACCCUCAAUCUACGCCACAACCUGGUGGCGUGGGUUUGCAUGCUGCCGGAGCACGGCUGGAGAGUGCAACAGCAAUUACUGCCGCGGUAACUCCUUCGCCUGGUGUAUUUACAAACCCUAUCCUUCAACCGUCUGUUGGCGGCGCAACCACCUCCUUGGCCGGCACAGGUCUACGUCAAGGCAUGCCCGGUGGCAUCGGCUAUGGGCCAGGCGGCACAGCCGCAAUUACCGCUAGGACACCUCAGGCAGCCGGCGUGUUGCCAUUGCCUCAGAUUGCACCACCCCUCGGCAGUGAACCCGGUCACUUAGGUGUUACAUCUUCUCACCAGCCUGGUGCAUUCUUGCCUGGUGCAUUCUUGUCUGGCACGCCAACCCUUCCCACAACAGUUGGCAUCGGAGGGCAUAGACUAGGUCACCCACCGUUCGAUGAGGAUCUAGACGUUGGGGAAGAACAACCACUACCAACAACCUUAAUGAUUCCACCAAAUAUGCAGCCUAUUCCUCCGUCUCUAUAACUCUCGGUGAAGAAGCAGUGCAUUUCUCCCACGAAUGACAUCACAGCUAUAAAAUGCACUGGAAAGGAGCCUGUGUAGCCAAAGCCUGAUAUUUUCGAGGAAAGAAAAAUGGCAGUCAAGUGACUUCGUGUUGUUCCGCCAGAUUUUAUGAAGUUUAUCAAACGAAACUAGGCCGCCAUUCAUAAUUCCCAUGUUAACUAAUGCAUUACGUAUUGUGAAAUUACGUAUUGUGAAAUUACGUAUUGUGAAACACAUGUAUGGGUUAUCGCAGCCAUUGGGUGAGUGACAAGCUCUAGCAGAGUCGACCGCCCUGUUUAGGAGCUUCUGCCUCUGACACAAACUGAAAGAGAGACAAAUUAGGUUACAAAUAUGUAUGUUGAUGUUAAUUUCUCAUCAAUAAAAACAGGAGCUGUUUAGUCGGUCGUAUCGAGUCCUGAAGAGUGGCCAGAGUUACUGUGCUGCUGUUUCCUUCCACUACUGAUUCGUCUGUUUUGGGUUAAAAGUAAAAUGAAAUUCUAUUUUU